AUGACGCGAGAUAAUCAAGAUUCUAACAACAGGGCUAGCCCCACAAAUAAGUCUAGUGCACAGAAGACACCGUUUGAUAGGAACUCAUUUGACUAUAUUGUACGAUCAGGAUUGGCCGGAGGUAUAUCAGGUUCAUGUGCGAAAACAUUAAUUGCACCCUUAGAUAGAAUAAAAAUCUUAUUCCAAACAUCUAACCCUCAUUAUACAAAAUAUGCGGGCUCAUUGGUAGGUUUAGUGGAAGCAGCCAAGCAUAUAUGGAUCAAUGAUGGUAUAAGAGGGUUCUUUCAGGGACAUUCGGCAACUCUACUAAGAAUAUUUCCCUAUGCUGCUGUAAAAUUCGUUGCUUACGAGCAGAUUAGGAACACUUUAAUUCCUUCGAAGGAGUUUGAAUCGCAUUGGAGAAGAUUAGUGAGUGGUUCUUUGGCAGGGUUAUGCAGCGUUUUCAUUACGUACCCUUUGGAUCUAGUGAGGGUUAGAUUAGCAUAUGAGACAGAACAUAAAAGAGUAAAGCUCAGGAAAAUAAUCAAAAAAAUUUACACGGAACCAGCUUCAACCACACUAAUAAAAAAUGAGCAUCUACCCAACUGGUUUUGUCAUUGGUGUAAUUUUUACAGAGGUUUUGUUCCAACAGUACUCGGAAUGAUUCCAUACGCAGGCGUAUCUUUUUUUGCACAUGAUUUGCUGCAUGACGUGCUGAAGAGUCCUUUCUUUGCGCCCUAUUCUGUAUUGGAACUCUCUGAAGAUGAUGAACUAGAAAGAAUACAAAAAAAGCAGAGAAAGCCUUUGCGGACGUGGGCUGAAUUGAUCUCGGGUGGAUUAGCAGGCAUGGCAUCUCAAACAGCCGCAUAUCCAUUAGAAAUCAUUAGAAGAAGACUGCAAGUAAGUGCUUUAUCGCCAAAAAAUAUGUAUGACCAUAAAUUCCAAUCAAUCUCUGAGAUUGCUGGAAUAAUUUAUAAGGAACGUGGGUUACGCGGAUUUUUUGUAGGUCUAAGCAUAGGUUACAUCAAAGUGACGCCUAUGGUUGCAUGUAGUUUCUUCGUCUAUGAAAGGAUGAAAUGGAAUCUUGGCAUUUGA